UUCACCUAAAUAUAAGCACAGUGGUCCGCGCUGCCAAAAUGAAGAUAGACAUUCAUAGUCAUGUUUUACCUGAGAACUGGCCAGACCUCAAGCAGCGCUAUGGAUAUGGAGGAUGGAUUCAGCUACAUCAUAAAUGUGCAGGUAAAGCGGACAUGAUGAAAGAUGGAAACUUCUUCCGGACCGUGGAGGAGAACUGCUGGUCACCAGAGGCAAGAAUCAAGGAUAUGGACAACACAGGUGUGACAGUACAGGCCCUGUCUACGGUUCCUGUUAUGUUCAGCUACUGGGCUAAACCACAGGACACACUGGAUCUUUGUCAAAUUUUAAACAAUGACAUUGCAGAAUCUGUGAAGAAGUACCCUAAAAGAUUUGUGGGACUGGGGACACUUCCAAUGCAAGCCCCAGAUCUGGCUGUCCAAGAACUGAUCAGAUGUAAACAAGAACUAGGUUUUAAUGGUAUACAAAUUGGAUCACAUGUAAAUGAUUGGAAUUUGGAUGCAGCAGAGUUAAGACCAAUAUUUGCAGCUGCUGAAAAGCAUGAUGUGUCCAUCUUUGUCCACCCCUGGGAUAUGGACUUAAGUGGGAGAAUGAAGAAGUAUUGGUUACCUUGGUUGGUAGGAAUGCCUUCUGAAACAGCCACUGCAAUUUGUUGUAUGUUGAUGGGAGGAGUUUUGGAGGAGUUUCCUAAACUCAAAGUUUGUUUUGCACAUGGAGGAGGGGCUUUUCCAUUUACUGUGGGCCGUAUAGAACACGGUUACAACGUUCGCCCAGAUCUCUGUGCCACAGACUGCAAAACGAACCCUCGUAAAUUCCUGGGUCAAUUUUACACAGAUGCCCUUGUUCAUGAUGCUAAAGCAUUGAAGCUACUUAUUGAUGUUAUAGGCGAGGAUAAAGUGAUAAUGGGAUCAGACUAUCCUUUUCCCCUUGGUGAACACCAUCCAGGAAAAUUAAUUGAAUCUUCAGAGUUUGACCAGAGUCUUAAGGAGAGGUUAUUGGUAAACAACGCAUGUGAGUUCUUGGGACUAGAUAAAGCAGUGUUUGGAUAAACAGUAGAAAAUCAAGUAUUGGUUUCCUGCUGGAGUUAAAAGGAGGGACAGCAUUAAAUUGCUAUAGUUAUGUUAUAUGAUAUAACACAUUCCAUUUUACGUUUUUAAUUAAAAUGUGGGAGAGAAUUACUGCAAAAGUGUGCUACAUGUAUGAACAUUGUGACAAGACACUUUUUUAUGGUUUGUAAUGUACAGUAUAAAAAUAUUUUCACAGAAUUUCUAUUUAAUUUCAUUUAAUUGUUUAAUGUUUAAUAUACACAUGGAUUACCAUCAUGAUAAGGUGAAUAAAAGAAUAUUAUUUUGUAUCGUAAGACAGUCAUAAUAAAA